GCGGUGGCCGCGGCAACGAUGAACUCAGCCAAUCAGAGCUGCCAGACAGUGAACAGCCUGACGCACAAUGGUUCACUGCUGAACGGCACUGGUGUGACAGCCAAUGGGCGGCCGGCUGGCAGCCUCUCCACCAAGAGUGGAGGCGUCAGCACCUUGGUGGUGUCUCAGCCGUCAGUAGCGCUGACGUCCUCUCAUUAUUUACCAAUGACAUCGCCGUACCAACCCCUUCCGGUGACCUCAUCUCACCAGCAGCAAAUCACGUCACCAUACCAGCCUCUCCCUGUGACGUCAACCAACCAGCAACCAGUCACGUCAGUGUAUCAGCCCAUAUGUGUUACGUCACAACACCAGCACCCACUCACCUCGCCGUAUCAGCACCUUCCGGCAACGUCAUCAAAUCAACAGCUAAUCAAGUCGCCGUAUCAGCCCCUCCCGGUGACGUCAUCGCACGAUGCCACACACUCGACAAUGUCACCUUACCAACCGCCUCCGUUGCCUCCCCGCGCGGGGAGCCAACGCCCCGACACCCAUGCAGCUGUUCACCCUCCACCCACAGGUUGUAACGUGCACAGUGUCUACAAGCCCGUACCUCCGCCAAAGCCCUUCAGCGGAGCUCCGGCGACAGUGGCAGCAGGCAGCAGUAGUAGCAGCAGCAGUAGCAGCAGCGCUUCGGCAGCAGAAGACCAGCAGCACGGAGUAGCGACCCUCAAGGAGCAGCUGGCCGCCAUCACAGGAUCGACGCUGAAGAACAGUGGGCCACCACCUCUACUGCCUCAUAUUCUGGUUACUGACCAGGGUCACUUCCACACCCACUCUACCAAGUUCCCGAUUGAGAUCAAAGAAAGUUCAACUAGCCUUCCGGGGCCCAUCCCGCCUAUCCUCUCGGCGGGCUCGACUAACCUGCCUUCAGGGCAAGCCACCCUCAGUUCGCUCCUGGCCGACCUCGCCGCCGGGUCAACCUUCUUCCCGCGCUCGGCCACGCUGGGGCGGGAGGUGAAGGGGGCGAGUGUGGCCGAGGGCACUCGCUCGGCCCGGGGCAGCACGCUACCCAGGUCACGCCCACCCACCUUCUUGGACCACAGGCCGCCCCCCGUCCCCACCAGGCCUCGUCCACACUCGCAGACUGUGGGUGUUGGCGCUGGGGAGGAGAGGGACCAGCUGCUGCCAGAGGACUCCUACCUUCACUACCUCGAUGGUAUAGACAACCCCGCUCUUGUCCACGACGCUCACAUGCCUAGUUACCGAGCACCUGGAGGAGGGGUGCAGGGGGCCCACCAGGGUAUCCCAGGGAGUGUACAGGGGGCCCACCAGGGUAUCCCAGGGAAUGUACAGGGGGCCCACCAGGGUAUCCCGCCGGAGGGCACGCUGGCGGGGGUCCUGCCUCCACCCUACGACUCUCCCUUCCUCUCUCGCUCCACGUACCGGCCUCCGUCUCUACAGCAGCAACACCAAGCGGCGUCCCAGCAGCUCCCAGCCACCUCCCAGCACCACCCAGCCACCUCCCAGCACCACCCAGCCACCUCCCAGCAAUCAGCCUUCACCAGAGAGACGUGGAUGCGUGGCUCACAGGGGCAGUUUGCGGGCAUCGUGGAGAUCCUUCCGCCACAGGGACACCUCCACCUCAAUGGUCACGUGUCCCAGCACCACCCACCUCCAGCAGCACACAUCCCAAAUGGUGGGACUCACAACCACACCAACAAUCACCUGGAGGGAGCACACACCCACGCCACUGGCCACCACACCCACCCUAGCAGCCACCUCACUCACCCCGCCACUCACCACUCCCAUAUGAACGGCCACCAGGAACCCGUGAAUAGCGUGGGCACUCAGAACAACAGGAGCGCCGGCACCGUGGAUGACAACCAAGCCAACGAUGCACAGGAACGUGGCGAAGACCAGCACAAAGACGACAAGUGGGGCUCCCUCAAGCGUGGUCUGGCAGCCCGUAAGUACCAAAACCUGAAGGAAAAAAUAUCUAGUAAAUUUUCCCGUGGGGACAAACAUGAAGAGCAGGCAACCACACCUCAGGGCACAUCAUCUCAGGGCACAAACACGAAAUCCACAGCAACUCAUGGUAACACAAACAACGCCACUGGAAACUCCCAGCAAGAAACAGGUGGAAUCCAACCGGGAGAAACAAGAGACAGCGGCCGGGUCAACAAACUCAACACAAGCUUCCGUAAGGCCAUCCACCAGAGUACUCAAAAAACCAACUUGCAAGAAGCUACAAUGGAGACGAGCUUAAGCACAAAUCAAGAACCAGGAGGUCCACCGCAGCAAGGUAGUGGCCUUCCCCCUCACUACCCCCGCGGCUCCCUCCACUACCACACACACCACGCCUCUCCAAACCAGCGUGCAGCUGCGCCACUACCCAUGUCCUCCCCACAGCUGGGUCGCCAGCACCAGCACGACCCCUUGGCACAUGGCCUGGCCAACAGGCGCUCAGGCUCCUAUCAUCAUCUGGCUCAGCUUCGACAAGAACCGCCUACAUGGCGCUCUCACCAUUACUCUGUUGACAACCUGGUUGAUGCUCAUGCAUUGCCCUCUGACCAUACUUACUCCGGUCCAGCUGUCAGCAGUGGGCGUGGGCAACCUGCAGGAGGGGAAGGCGUGGGCUCGGGCGGCUCAGACUCGGGGCGUGGGACAGCCGGCAGCGGGGGUGAGGGCCGCCUGCCUAACAACCUCGACACCAGCCUCGACUCAGCAGCGUCUCAGCGACAAAAUAACCAAAGCCAUUCAUCAGGCAACGACUCCGAGUGGGUGGACAUGACAGAUGCCGAGCUUCAGCGGAUCAUGAAGAAGAGUUGUGGCGGGAAGAGCAACGGAGGGCCCGCGGCGAGGCGGGAGUCCUUGGCUGCCACGCCGCCCUUGCCGCCCCUGUCGCCAGAGGCCACACCUCAGCCCUCCCCUCAACCCUCACCGCCCAGGCACCGCAAAUACAGCCUUUCAUACAGCAGCAGCAGCGGCCUCAACAAACCUGACCUGCUGGAGGCUGCAGGACGGGACGGGAGCAAGACUCGAGGUGUGGUGGACGGCCGCCCUCCCGCCACCUCCCAGGAGACCUCCGCCCAGCCCACCUCCAGGAGGACAGCGGCCUCUCACACCCAACACACACAUGCAAGCAACAAGAUAACAGGAGGUGGUGGUAGCACUGGUCACCGGAGCCUCGGGGCGCUGGCAGGCGGCUGGUCACACAGGAAGGAAGAAGAGAGGCACAAGAAUAACGCCUUUGAACCCCUUAACAAAAAUAGAGUUAAUCUAGGCCCUGGUGGAGGUGACCUGGAUACUGGGGAGAUAACAUCGACCACCGAGGCCCUCGACCUAGACUCCAUGUUGGACGGGGUGACGGAGGCGACCACUGACGACGACACCACCACCUGCGCGUAUGACCCCGACGUCCACCUCAUCAGGAAGCAGCUAGAGGGCCUAGAGGGCAUGUACUCUGAGGUGCUGAAGCUACUGGGAGGUGGUCGGCGUGGGGGCCGUCACCUCCUGGCCAACGGGAGUGGUAUGGCAGACCUCAAGACCUCGAGGCGCCGGCUGCACGGCUCACUCUCCUCACUACCGUCAUCCAUAGUGUCGUCGAGGCCAGGCAGGGACAAGCGUAGUCGAGUGAUUGACGACAGGGUGAGGAAGACCGCCAGGGAUACCGGUGGCAAGUCCAUUCACAAGCGGUUUCAACGCCUAGAGAGCCACGUGGUGACGCUGGCUCGCAGUGUGGCUCACCUCAGCUCAGAGAUGAGAACGCAGCACCUUAUGUUCCAGGAAAUUGAAAGCAUACGUGGGGAGUUGGCAACAAUAAGAGCUGGUGGAGGUGGAGGUGGUGGGACGUGUGGAGUCAACGCUGGCAGAGCCGGAGCCCUCGUGUCCUGGGAGUCCUUCAGGGCUGGUAUCCCUGGUCUCUCCAACCCAGGAAGGGUAAAAAAGCUAAUCAAAUUCUUUGGCGACGAACCUCCCCUGGUGAGAAUCUUCCUCCGAAAACUGGGUUAUGAGAAGUAUGCUGGAGUGUUCGAACAGGAGAAGAUUGGGAUGCUGGAGCUGCCGUACCUAACAGAAGAGCGCCUGCAGAAAAUUGGCAUUCCCAUGGGUCCCAGACUCCGCAUCCUGCAGGAGGCACAAGGACCCAUCAGAAAAGAAGGAAAUCUCAGUGUAUAUGUCGUGUGAAGAAUUCAAACCUUUCAUUUGAAUUGUGCCAGUUUGUAAUUUUGUAAUAUAGUUAAUAAGGUUCUUAUAAGCCAGGUAUUAUAACCUAAGUGUGAUUCAAAGAUUGUAAACACAAACUUUGUUUUUCCUGAGUUACUUUAUUUAAUACAAGUGAAUAUGAGUUCAAUUUACAUGGAUUUGACCUUCAAGAUCAGGGAAAAUAUUAGUUCAGUUUACAUACAAUUAAGAAGCCAUAAGAUAGCUUCUUGUAGUAUGAAUUCUCAGUGUCACGGUUUUGAUGGUUGUGAUAUGUAAAAGAAUUCAUCAUGAUUGCUAGACUUGCCAAAGCCAGUGUAUGUACUACGUGUUAGAUAUUUAACACUUGGAUAGUGUUAAUAUCAUAGUUAAGGGGUGAUAAUCAUAUAAUGUCGAGGCACUGAAGCUGGUGCUACUCAUGUUUCUACUGAUCGUCAGCUUCAGGUUCUGUACUGCCAGUGUUACCUACAUCCAAAUACAAUAAAUAAAAUACAAAUACAUUAAAUGCAAUACAUGAUCUAAUGGCUGAAUAUGCUGCACAGAUUUCCUGAUCAAAUGUCUGUCACAUGAUCAAUCGUCUCAUCCUAGUAGGAAAUAUGAGGAACUAUUACAGGGCUCAUUCCAGUCACCUGGACUCUAGGAGACUCGAACCGUGGACCCCACACUUGUGAGGUCGAAGCUCAUCACCAAGUCUUCUGUAACAAGUUUUCUUCUAUGGAAUGUUAGAUGCAUUAUUCGAAAGUAACUAGUGUUUUCAUAAACAGAUGGUGUCAUCUCCUACUCUGAUUGGUUAGAGUAUGGAGAAUGACUUCUGCUGGGGUUUAUAACAUGCUUCAUGUAAGAUAGGUCUCGUGUAUUCUUGCCAUCACUAGACUACACGUGCUGCCAAACCAAAGUUCGUACGCAAUUAUCAUAUUUACCAGUGGAUAGGAAGCAUGUUUUUGGUCCACCACCAAUCAAACCUGUAUUUUCUGUACAUGUACAAAAUCAUAUGUAUUACCCUACCAAACCAUUUGAACAUCACUUCCAAUAAUUGUAUUAUGAAACAUACUCAAAUGGGUUUCUUUUCCACAGUAUUCUUGUGAAGUAGGUGUCUUAUAUGCUGACAAAUACAGUAUUUGUUUUAUUCUUGCCAAAAUUUAAUACAAUAUGUAUAUUGUCAAAUAGUGUUAAACAAAAUAUAAUUUAGUUAAUAAUGUUGAAGCUUACAGAUUUCAGGGUGAUAUUCACUAUAUCACUAUCUUUAGUGGUAAAUAUUGACUUUUAUCAUAAUGUGGUUAUUCUAAUACUGAUCACGUACUUACUGUCUUGCAGGCAAGAGCAGCUUGAUCUUGUAAACUGUUUCAGACUAUAUUAAAUAAAUAUUUUGGUAUGUUGUUAGUAUGAAGUAACACGUAAUUGGUAGAAGGAAUGAGAUUUAGAAUGUUACAGUUCACAUAUGCUGUGAGUAAACUGUGUACUGAAUAGACAAUUUCACAAAGAUCUUUCAGUGAAAAUGUGGUGAUAAAGCCCUAUAUAAAUAAAUAUAUUUAUCAGUAUUUUGCAUAUUGUAUAAAUUGUAUAUAAUUUAUAUUUUAGAAGGCGAUUUUAAACUGUAUAUGAAAUAGCACUGACGUGUGCUCUUUGUAAAAAAAAAAAAGUUUUGCAGCUCUACAAUAAAUGCUAAGACAUGUCA